AUGGAUGGCAAAGCAUUCGCUUGGAAGUCAGUAACAGACUCAGCAUCAACAGCAGAAUUGGGAAGGCCAUUCCAAAGGGGGAUAAGAAGUGGGAAAAAGGAAAACUUUAUAUCCAUUGGUGCGAGCAAAGAUAUGUCUGAACUUAUGAGGAUAUUUAGAGCGAUUGCUUCUAUUAGCUAUGGUGACAGUUGCUGGAAAUGUUAAGUGAGUCCGGUUGUGCACAGCUUUAUACAUUAUGGUAGCGGCGUUUAGAUGUCGACGGACUUCAGGAGUGUCCCAGCCCAGCGAAUGCUGCAUAGAAGUUACGCUGGAAAACUGUGAAUAAUCUGAACAGACAAACUCGAAGUUUAACUCGAGUAGUGGACAGAUUUAGGCCGAGCGUAGAAGCACGUGUACGAGACCCGUGGAAUCCCAGUCGACGCGUGAGGCGAACUUGACCAUACGCGCUCUGUGUCAACGAUAGCCUGAGAAUCUUUCUAAAUAUAUUCAAAGAGCUAGCAUCACUAAGCGUCCGCACGACGAAACGCUUUCUCUGACUUCUCUGGCCGCUUCCCGCUAUAUUUUCUAGUAGUUGGAGGGAAUUUAGUCCUUCUUUGAUCGCUUUAAACCCGCUUUCGUCUGCAUUCCAUCGGCGUAUCAAAGGCUCGGGUUAAAGUUGUGGAAAAGAUGAGUCGUUUUUCAACAGAAUAGAAAUUAUUUCUAUUUACUUUUGUCAGUUCUUUGAAAACUGAAGAAGUAUGCGCAUUUCGAACGAGAUAGAAUUAUAUAAGAGUGGUGAAAAAAUUAUAGCAUUUGUAGCUAAUAAUUAGUACUUUUUGAAAUACGGAUUAGCAGGUGUGUCUCACGUUUGAGAUUUAUGCAACUGGCUCCCAAAAGUCAAACUCAGGUGACUGCUCCCGAACAGAUGCUAAUCUAUUCAGAAUUAUAAGUAGGAAAAACCCUAGUUUAAAGCCCAAACUAGAAUAAGUCAAUGAAAUGGCAAGUCGUUCAGUAAUGUUUAUUUGGGACUUUUCGGCCCAGCGGUAUGAUUGUUUCCACGAAGGAAGUUUAUUCCUACAAAACACCUGCGUCAUUCGGAUCCAUUCCCAGUUCAGUGAACAUGAAUGACGUGUCUUUUUCUAAACUGAACAUGGGAAUGUGACAUCUGGUCUAAAAUUCUAAAUCUCGCCAUUCAUCGUCAGUUUAUUCAUUUCCAAACUAUUUAAUGAUAGCAGUUUUUUGGAAAAAUCAUAAACGAUGGCUUUUUUUAAAUCAUGCACAGAUGGCUUUUAAUAGGCACUAAAAAUGAAUACCCCCGACUCUAAAAAUACUCAAAACCGCCCACCCUUUCCUUGCGGUCUCCAUUAUGUAAGGGCCUUCACUGGGUGACCAAUGGUAAACAACGCCAGGAGUAGCUUUGAAAAUUUAACCUGAUGUUCUGAACUGGACUGUUUCUUUACCGCAGUUGAUUUACUUUUGACUAAUAUCAAACAAAAACUAUAAUCCUCUGACACGAUAAUAUAUAGAUUUAGCCAGGGCUAAAAGCGAAGCUCCCGUUAAUAAAUUCAUAAUUUAAAUCAAACAAUAAACUUGUAAUCCAGAGAUCAGUUCACAUUCGUGUGAUAUUUUGAGGCAAAGGCUAAGUGAUUUUAGAGAAAAAUAAUUUGACAGUCCAAGAGUGAAACAAAUUUUACAUCGAGUUAUUGGUCUUAUUUGUACGCCCAAAAAUAGCAAUCAUGUUCGAUCACAGUAGAUUAGGCCUGGAAAACAAAUAGACCUAUUCGUGUAUUGUAUUUGCAUUAGCUGUUGCAUCAUAAUGUAGUAUUCUCCAGUCUCUCCAACAUUGGUCCGUUAGAGAGACUAUGGAUAAUUGGACAACCCCGAAAUAUAAUUUUAAGAAACACACGCCCCACGAUAGUCCUUGGUGGCAGCCAAUUUACACGUUGCAUUCCUUUGUCUAAAAAAGGUGUUUGUGUAUACGUUCCGACUGUCCGGUAUUUGAACCCGUUCAAAACAAUUAUGAACUUUAUUUUUAUACUAUAAAUUUACGACAUAAUAACUCUCCAUUGUGUGGAAUUCGCGAGGCUUUGGACAGAAAGUAACUUUUAAAUGACAAAUCCACAAUGACUGAAAAUGUUCUGCGAAAUAGCUGGCGUGAUUCUUUGCAAACCUUGAAUAAUCGCAAGCUCUGUGAAGUUAAUUGAAAACUGUUCGUGUUGUCUCAAAUAUGCCUUCAUCGACCUAAAACAAAACUCACAAGAAUUAAACUCAGGACUAUAAGGGGGUUGAAAACUUAAUUCAACACUUCGAUUUCUUAGCAUUAAGCGCAACUGGUUGUCCGUGAAAAUUGAAAUUUGAAUCGCAACUUGCUUGGAGCAAACUGCCAAUCAAAAUACCAACAUUGCGUGACAAUAUUACAAAGUGGCACGCAAACGAACAACCGGUUUCACUGUUUAUACUACUACAUGAGAAAUUUCUGCAAUCUGAUUGGCUUAGAGCAGUAGUAUUUCAGCUUAAUUUGAAAUACCUACAUGUGAAAAUUACAAACCUUUUUCGGGUAGUAGUAUAAACAAAUAAUAGCAGGAUUUGUACGUGAUAUUUCAAAAUUGUCUCAAAUUUCACUCGCCUAAUGGCUCGUGAAAUUACGUAGAACAAUUUCGAAAUAUCACUCGUGGUAUUUAUGUCAAAUAUCACUACAAAUCAUGCUAUUACUAUACAAAUAACGGUAUCGAAUAUAGGAAAGCGACUUCGCCUUUUGAAAAGAACAGAUAAAUUUUUGUGACCGAAAGCUGAGAAGUUUGUUUUACAACUCACUUAUCCAGCUAAUACUCGACUACGCGGGUUACCGUGUAGCAUGAAAAUUUUGCGGGAGUUUUAUUUUGCGGAUUGGCGAUUUUUUGUGGUUUGCGGGAACAAAUUUUUGCGGUUCGAGAUGACUGAAAUUUCUGGUGGGAACUAAUUUUUGCGAUUCUCUGUUCAAGUAGCAGAAUUGCUGGUUUUCAGUAUCACGCCAUUCAAAAUUGAUGAAAAUAAAAUCAAAACCGUUCUAUAUAUAACGUCCAGAAUCUGGGAAAUGAAAGGAGGUACAUAUACAAAGACCCUAUACGAAAUAUCCGAAGAAAUGUUUUACCCAGACUGAUAGACAUUUGUAAGGAGACGCCAUUCUGGUGCUCACCUGGAUGACCUCCAACAUGGCAAACGGAAACCAUCAGAAACAUCUAUACCGAGUUUUGCUACAAAAGCGUAAAUUUAUUCGAAAAACUCAUAAACAUGAAAGUAAUACUUUUUCUAAUACAUGAACUGUUUAGAUAGCAAAAUUUCCUGAAAUAAGUCAUUUUUUAACCUAUAUGACAGCUCUCUCGGCCGUCAUGUAAAUGCCGCGUCACGCAAAAGCUUAGAAAUUCAAGUGUACUCUGUCACAAAACCAAGAACCCUUUUGAAGCGAAAAUUUGUAUGAAAAUUAGUUUUCAGCUGUUCUAACGCAUCGUGAAAGUAAAAUCUCGGUAGGAUCGAUAGUUUUUUAGUUUGAAUUUUAGUGACUUCAUGUGAAAACCAACAAUAUUUAAGUGGAAGAAACCUUAAUAUAGUAUUUUCAACUUUUAUUUUACGGUAUGUUGAGUCAAAGUUCACUCUACUUACAUAUUUACAGUCAAACCAAGUCAAGCGUAACCCCCAAGAUUCUAUCAGUGAAUUGAUUAUUUGAAAAAUGACUCCGUUAGUCGUUCCCGUAACUGGUGACAAGUUCAAAGCGGCAUUUCUGCAUGCGUAAUGAGCAGUGAAUAUUUUACGAGAACUUCUCUGUAUUUGGUCAGAUUGGAAAUCUUUGAAUGGAUUAAGCUUCUUAGAAGACAUUUACAUCAAUUUCAGGAAAAUGGAGCUGCUAGAAAUUUCAUAACUGCCUCGUGUGUGAAUUCACGGCUCAUUACACAUACAAGAAUGCAGAGAUCAAUCUGAAAUCUACAACUAGCAACGGAUUCAACUUUUGAAUAAUAAAUUCAUUAAUGGAUCUUGGGGGGUACGCUUGAUCUGGUUAUGGAGAAUAAUACGGUAAGCACUGUAAUAUCUUACUGCGCAAAGGGACUGAACAACAGCAAAACAAAACAAAAGCCUAUCCCAACCAUACACAACAAGUCCAUUAAAAGCAGAGUUUUUAAUUUGACUGAAUGGAGUUAAUUUUUGCGGCGUUUUAUUUUGCGUUUUUUUUUUCUACGUUGACUAAUUUUUGCGGAUCGAGGUCAAUAAUUCGCAAAAAUUAAAACCCGCAAAAUUUUCAUGCUACACGGUAUUGUCUUGGGGACAAGAAGCAAACCGAAGCCGCACGUCCAAGACGUAAUCAAUUUACAGAAACGAUGCGCCAGAGUAAUCCUAAACAAAAAUGAGACACCCCCUAAGGGCCUUUAUUUAGAGACCUUAACGUCAUGCCAUGAUUUGAUAAAAGACAAGAACGCGCUUACAUCGAGUCUCUCUUGCUUGGAGAUUUGAUCGAGAAAGCUUAGGAUAACUGUACAAAAAUAUUUUUAUUCAUAAAAGUGGCCCUGUCCUUUUGGCCAGUAUUACCGGAGAAAAUGGUACCGUCCAGCGGGACAUCCUGAGUUUUAGCAAAUUUGUUAGGAGGCAUAUCAUAUCUAGGUUUUUUAUUGCUAAACGGUCAUUCUUUAGGUUUCCAAAAGGCCAGGGUAACUAAACAGGAGUGUUUUUUUUCUCGUAAAUUUGCCUUGUGCUUUUGGCCUGUAUUAUCCAAGGAAAUAGUACCGCCUAGCAGGACAUCCUAAACUAUGUCAGCAGUUGCUUGCAUGUAUUACUACAUGACAUGCAGUUUGUUAUUGUUAAAUUGUAAUACAUACCUUGCCCUCUGAAGGCUUUUUCCUACCAGCUGGGGACAGCUGAACAAAGAUAGUUUAAUUCAUUCCUUGUUGUUGUAAUCAGAUGGGGAAGUGCAAAACCCUUUUUCUGGUUUAACAUUUGAAAUCCAAGGAUAACCAAACAGGAGUGGUUUUUAGUUUUAAAAAUUGUCUAGCGUCUGAACUUUUAACAGGAGCACCCAACGUGAAUAUAGUUCAAAACCACUUAAACGUAGCAUUGUUGAACGUAUUUUAGUAUUUAAACGGUAGAUGUAGGCAUAUUUUUAUCCCCCCCAAAUUUUUUCAUCUGUUCGGAUUUCCUAGCUGAAAGUCCAGUGAUCUGAAAAUUAUAGGGAUCAAAACUUACAUUUUCGAACAUUUCAGCCAGAAAAAGGUUCCUGAAAAUUCUAGGUGACCUUUUUAGGGUGAAAACCCGUUAAAAAAUGGCAGGCAAGCAAGAAAUUUUGCAACAAAAGUUCCGAAAAUUCUAGAUCUCAAAUCGUCUUCCGAACAGAUAUUUUCCGAAAAUUGACGUUGGGUGCCUCGUUUUAAUACCUGCUUAUAGUUGGGCAUUAUCCCCCUGCUGAGGUACUCUGUAAGCUGAUCAGUAACUGUAGUGAUGUAUGAAAAUUGUUUAAAAGGAUAAUACUUAAAAGUUCAUAUUUAUUUUGAUGGAAUUGCAUAAUGAAUGACUUUCCAUUUAAUAAUGUUCAUUGCAAAGGUGAUGAAAUAGCAAAACCUACCAUACAGACAAAGACACGACAGUCAGUUGAGUUUAAUUGCUGUGGUACAUCUGUAAUGUAGAAAUUGAACAGAACUUGUCACUGAAGAGUUUCUGUAAUUUGGUCCGUGAACGAAGAACAAAGCAUACAGGUUUCUUGUUAUGAUAUUGGUAGACAGUUACAAUGUACUGUCUAUUUAGCCUAGGUUCCUCUUCAAAGUUUUUAAUUUUUUUUUUCAAUUCUUUUUUCAAUUUUUUUUUUAAAUGAACACUAGUGAGCAGCACAAAGCAACGCGAGGAUCUUGUUUACUUGAUUUAUUUCUCCGACCGGUAGUGGGGUUAUUGGGGCUGUUGACAGUUGGGGAGAGGGGGGAAGUUAAAAAUAGAGAGUCUCCAGAAUCAACAACCAAGGUUGGUUGCUGCCAAGGUAGGUAGGUUUUUGGGUAUGGUAAUGUAUGAUAAUGAGUUUGAAACAAAACAAAAUAAAAUUUAGACCAAGGAUAAAAUUGAACCACAAUUUCAGUAUGGAAAGGUGGGGAGAGGGGGUGGGGGUGGGGUGAGAUUAAUGUUGUUGUCACAAAAAAGGGAAUUUUGAUUUGUUUUGAUAGUGCCAGCCAGAGAGUACAGCCAACUGUACCAACUGAGUGAUACUGACUAGUCAAACAACACACGUAUAAUGAGGACAGGAAAUAACAAUGAUUCUAUAACAAUAAUAAAUAAUAAUAAUAACAACAACAGCAAUAACAAUAAUAUUUAUGAUAAUAAUAGAUCUAACUGUAUAACAUGAAUAAAAGGAAAUCAUUUACAUAAUCGACUGCUGAUAUGAUCAAUGAGGAAUUUUUCAAAGAACAUGAGAAUCACAAACAUCGCAAAGUAUACCGUAAAAUCACGCUUCCCUGGCGAUAAAACGGCACCUCUAGCUGUCAUUCUUAGGUGAUUACAACAACAAGGAAUGAAUAAAACUAUAUUUGUUCAGCUGUCCCCAGCUGGUAGGAAAAAGCCUUCAGAGAGCAAGGGAUGUAUUACAAUGUAACAAUAACAAGCUGCAUGUCAUGUAGUAAUACAUGUAAGCAACUGCUGACAUAGUUUAGGAUGUCCUGCUUCUGCUUCUGUCCUGCUUAUUUCCUUAGAUAAUACAGGCCAAAAGGGCAAGGCAUUUUUUAAGAAAAAAAAACCCUCCUGUUUAGUUACCCUGGCCUUUUAAAACCCUAACGAAUGACCGUUUAGCAGUAAAAACCCAGAUAUGAUAUACCUCCUAAAAAAUGUUGCUAAAACUCAGGAUGUCCCGCUGGACCGGGUACCAUUUUCUCCGGUAAUACCGGCCAAAAGGACAGGGCCACUUUUAUGAAUAAAAAUAUUCCUAUACAGUUAUCCUAAGCUUGUAGAAACCUACAGAAAUCAAGUUGUAUACAGCACCGUUUCACAAUAA